UUGCUUUUGAAGGUUCUUAACAAAAAGUCAAGUUCUUUAAAAAGCCAUAGACUUUCUUCUUCAUUCUUCCACCAUUUGAUAAAUGGCAAGAAUUUCUCUCUUCCUCUUGGAAAUGGAGUUGUUUCUCUGUUUCGUCGUUCUGUUUUUAAUAUCACAAUCUGUUGUUGCAUUGAGCAUAACAGAGAAACAAGAGAUUGAAUGUGCAAUGUGUUUAGAAUGUGAGAAUCCAUGUGAUCAGCCACCUCCUCCGUCACCUUCACCUCCACCGCCUCCGCCACCACUAGAAAUUCUAUGUCCUCCACCGCUACCACCGCCUCCACCCCCGCUAGAGAUUUUCUGUCCGCCACCGCCUUCUCCACCUCCUCCUUCUCCACCACCUCCUCCUCCUUCACCACCACCACCGUGUAAUCACUGCCCGUUACCGCUUCCACCGCCGAUGCCGCCGGUUUGCAAUGAAUGCGUUCCGAAUAAGCCGAGACCACCGAUCAUUAUCACAGCCGCAGAAGCGUCCCCGGGGGUAUCUGCUUCCAUCAGUUUAAUUGUUUCUCUCGCCUUCCUAGUUUCCUCUCUGUUUCAAUAAUGUUGUAGCGAUCUUCAGCUAUAUGUUGUCUCUCUCCGUUAUUAUUCUUACAUUCAUAAAGAUAUUCGAUUUCUCGUUCUAGGAAAUUAUAUUUUACUCUCAUCAUGUAACCCAUUGAUCUCUCCUUCAUUAGCAAGGUCUUUAGUAUUUAUCAUAACGAUAUAAACCACAAGUGAGAUUAUAAACUAAACCUUUUAGUG